AUGAUCCAUCUUCAAGUUGUUCAUGGCACUGUGCUUGUGUUCGAUGUUGAAAUAGUGGCCCGUAUUCGUCUGCUUGGGAUCGUGGGCGUCCUUGUAGGAACAUUACCCAAGGCGCCACAGCAGAAUGUGUUUUUGGGUCUUCCUCUCCAGUUGAGCACAUAUGAGGCAUGUUGGCUUGUCGCUCAUGGCCACGCCCAGUUUGUCGAUGCCCUCAAGUAUAAUGAGAUCAUUGCUUCCAAUAUUUCGAUCGACGAUACGGAAGGAAGAAUCGGAGAUGCCCCGAUCCAGUACGCAGUUACACCCAACAGUUUUCCCUCUUUGACAGACGUUGACAUCAGUCCCGCUGUUCUUUCCAAUAGUGAUUUUCUAGCCAUGCAACAAGUUGCUCCGGAUUUUGCUGCCAAGUUCUCAGCGUUCUGCUAUCUUCGAAACCUUGACUACUACCUUAUGCCUGGUUUGCGCUUUGGAGGAGUUUUUGUAGCUUAUCCAGGGGAUCCUCUUAAAUUCCAUUCCCAUUUGAUUGUCAAAGUAUUAGCCCCGGGACAAAAGAUUGACCUCUUGGAACUAGUUACAAGCGGAAGGUUGGCAACCGCAGUCAAAAAAGCAUGGGUACUCAUGGAUGAGAAACCUCAAGUACAAAAGAAGGAGCCCCUUCUAGAUACACAGGGGAAUACCCGAGCGUUUUCUAUCGAAUGGGCAGGAUUCGGUUGA